AUGCGCAACGUUAUCAAAGUCUGUUUCGCGCUAUCAAUACUACAAUUUACGAAUACAGCAGAUAUAAAGUUUACAAAUAUCAUAUGUAAAUCGUUCAAUAAAUCCUGGGUAGGGAUAAAUAAAUGUCGACUGCGCGCUAUCAAUCGGAAGAAGACAGUACUUAACUUUAAUUGCACAUUUUUACAUCCCGUUACAAAUAUGGAUGUGCAUUUUCAAAUGUUUAAAAGAGGAAAUGGCUAUCAUCCAUGGAUGUUUAAUUUUACGGUUGAUAUCUGUCGAUUUCUUCGGAAGCCCUAUAACCCAUUUGGCAUUAUUUUAUUUAAGGCUGGCAGGCAUUUUACAAAUUUCAAUCACUCAUGUCCUUAUAUGGGCGAUCAAAUAGUGGAUGGUCUACACGUGGAUUACAAGGCAAUGCAGGUGCCUUUACCAAGUGGAGAGUUCUUGUUUCAAAUGACUUGGUAUUUUAAUAAGAUAGGUGAUCAAAUUGUGGAUGGUCUGCACGUGGAUUACAAGGCAUUGCAAGUGCCUAUACCAAGUGGAGAGUACCUAUUGGAAAUAACGUGGAUUUUCAAUAAGAGACCACAACUUAUAACAAAUGUUUAUGUUACCAUAAAGGAAGACUAA